AAAAAAUAAAAGACCGACGACGGUCUUGCAAGUCUCAAUCGCCAAAAAGUCCAACAAAAUACACCGGAAAUUUGUGUGCCAUUAUUUUCCUGUGUUUAUUAACUAAAAAUAUAUCUCUUAUUACAAUCAUAUUCAUUUAUUUAUCUUAAAACGUUGAUCUACAUUCUUUUAAUUGACCCCAAAAAAACACAAAAGAAAAAACCAAAUAUAAAAUCAAUUUGUUGGCAACCUACUUUGUAUGUGUUUGGUGCUGCUAAAAUUUGGUCAAAUAAACGCAGUCGCAAAAGUACAUAAUACUAUCUCACAAAGAAGAAACCAACAAUACUAAUUAAACAGAGACAAAUAGUAUUGUCAUUUUUUUUCUGAUAGACAAAAAAAUUUCCCUUUCAGAACAAAUUGAUAAUCGCGUAGUUUUCUUCGUGUUUUCGUCAAGUAAAGUACUCUUGGAAUCGAAAGUCGAAUCGCGACGGUCUGAAAUAGAAGUGAAAAAAAUAUAUAUAAUAUACAAAAAAAAAAAAAAACACCACAAAGAUCAAUUAUUUGUCGGGCUCCACACUUUUCCGGAAAGAACUAAUCGUCGUCCGCUGGAAAAGUGUGUGCAAAACUGAUUGAUUUGAAACUGAAACAAUCAUGGAUACGUUAAUUCCAAUUGUUAAUAAGCUGCAAGAUGCAUUUACCCAACUGGGUGUGCAUAUGCAGUUGGAUUUGCCUCAGAUUGCUGUAGUGGGCGGACAAUCGGCUGGAAAGUCUUCUGUGUUGGAGAAUUUUGUUGGGAAAGAUUUCUUACCCCGAGGUUCUGGAAUCGUUACUCGCCGACCUUUGAUUUUACAAUUAAUCAAUGGCGUGGCAGAAUAUGGAGAGUUUCUUCAUUGCAAGGGUAAGAAAUUUACCGACUUUAAUGAAAUUCGAAGUGAAAUCGAAGCUGAAACUGAUCGUGUGACUGGAAGCAAUAAGGGAAUUUCAAAUAUUCCCAUUAAUUUGCGGGUGUACUCACCACAUGUGCUCAAUUUGACCCUGAUCGAUUUGCCAGGUUUGACAAAAGUGCCAAUCGGUGAUCAGCCAGCUGAUAUUGAACAACAAAUCAAGGGAAUGAUUUUCCAAUUUAUUCGCAAGGAGACCUGCCUUAUUUUGGCUGUAACUCCGGCAAAUACAGAUUUGGCAAAUUCAGAUGCUUUAAAAUUGGCCAAAGAGGUUGAUCCUCAGGGUAUUCGAACAAUUGGUGUGAUCACUAAAUUGGAUUUGAUGGAUGAAGGUACUGAUGCAAGAGACAUUCUGGAAAAUAAAUUACUUCCGUUGCGGCGAGGUUAUAUUGGUGUGGUCAAUCGUUCGCAAAAAGAUAUUGAUGGCCGAAAAGAUAUUCAUGCUGCUUUGUCCGGAGAAAGAAAGUUUUUCUUAAGUCAUCCAUCGUACAGACAUAUGGCUGAUCGUUUGGGAACACCAUAUCUUCAGCGUGUACUCAAUCAGCAAUUGACAAAUCAUAUUCGAGAUACAUUGCCAGGCUUGAGGGAUAAAUUACAAAAGCAAAUGUUAACUCUUGAGAAAGAUGUUGAACAAUUCAAACAUUUUAGACCUGAUGAUCCAAGUAUUAAAACCAAAGCUAUGUUGCAAAUGAUUCAACAAUUGCAAUCUGAUUUCGAGAGAACAAUUGAAGGUUCAGGUUCAGCGCUUGUUAACACCAAUGAACUAUCUGGAGGUGCUAAGAUCAAUCGAAUUUUCCAUGAACGGUUACGCUUUGAGAUCGUAAAAAUGUCUUGUGAUGAGAAGGAGCUUCGUCGUGAGAUUUCAUUUGCCAUUCGAAAUAUUCAUGGUAUUCGUGUUGGUUUGUUCACACCUGAUAUGGCUUUUGAGGCGAUUGUAAAACGCCAAAUAUCCCAACUUAAGGAACCCGUGAUAAAGUGUGUUGAUCUAGUCGUACUUGAGUUAUCAACUGUUGUACGCAUGUGCACUGAUAAGAUGUCUCGCUAUCCAAGAUUACGUGAGGUAACCGAAAGUAUUAUUGCCGCACAUAUCCGCCAACGCGAACAGUAUUGCAAAGAACAAAUACUUUUGCUAAUUGAUUUUGAAUUGGCCUACAUGAAUACUAAUCAUGAAGAUUUUAUUGGAUUUGCAAAUGCUCAAAGUAAAUCGGAAAAUGCCAAUAAGACAGGCACACGAGCGCUUGGAAAUCAAGUUAUUCGUAAAGGACACAUGGUCAUUCAAAACUUGGGAAUCAUGAAAGGUGGUUCCCGGCCAUACUGGUUUGUCCUUACAUCGGAGAGCAUUUCCUGGUUUAAGGAUGAAGAUGAAAAAGAGAAGAAGUUUAUGUUGCCUCUUGAUGGAUUGAAACUUAGAGACAUCGAACAAGGAUUCAUGUCCAGACGUCACACAUUUGCAUUGUUCAGUCCCGAUGGGCGCAAUGUUUAUAAGGAUUAUAAACAAUUGGAAUUGUCUUGUGAGAACGUUGACGAAGUAGAUUCGUGGAAAGCAUCAUUUUUGAGAGCUGGUGUUUACCCAGAAAAAGAUGUGACGGCAGAAAACGGUGAUGAGGAUGGACAAGAGGAUUCAAGUGAAUGUGAAACCACUUCAAUGGAUCCACAAUUGGAACGUCAAGUGGAAACAAUUCGUAAUUUGGUUGAUUCUUAUAUGAAAAUCGUCACAAAGACAACACGCGAUAUGGUACCAAAAGCUAUUAUGAUGCUGAUCAUAAAUAAUGCUAAAGACUUUAUAAAUGGUGAACUGUUGGCACAUUUGUACGCAUCUGGAGAUCAAGCACAAAUGAUGGAAGAGAGUGCGGAAUCAGCAGUAAGACGAGAAGAAAUGCUGCGAAUGUACCAUGCAUGCAAAGAAGCUCUCCGAAUCAUUGGUGAUGUAUCAAUGGCCACAGUUUCAACACCAGUUCCGCCACCUGUCAAAAAUGAUUGGCUUCCAAGUGGCUUAGAUAAUCCAAGAUUAUCACCGCCAAGUCCAGGUGGUCCAAGGAAACCAGCACCUCAACAACAGGGCUCAUUGGGAGGCUCAGUUGGAGGUCGCGGACCACCACCACCUCCAGCAAGUGGACGACCAGCACCAGCCAUCCCUAACAGACCUGGUGGCGGUGCACCUCCAUUGCCUGGUGGUCGACCUGGUGGCCAAGCUCUUCCAGCCCCACUUAUUCCAUCACGGCGUUAAGCCACUCCAUCAACUGUAACUAACACAAACGGCAAACAAAGAAAAUUAAUUUAUAUUAAACAUACAAAUUUCAUAAUCUACAUAAUGUUAAAAGAACUUAAAAACUAGUUUAACAAAAAAAAAAAAAAAAAUAGUUUGUGUAAUGUUCAAAAGAAAAAAAAUAUAAAAUUGUAAAAGAAAGAAUUUAUAAUUUCUUUUACAAUUAAUAUAGUAUUUGCGCUUAAAUAUUAGGAGAAUUAUAGCUUAAACAAUAAGUUUAAUUAAAAUCAUGCAAAUGUCGUUUUAAAUUAUUAUUAUUAUAAUUAUUAAUCAAUGUUAAUGUAAAAUUAUUUUACUGAAGUACCUUUUAUAAAUAUGUUAUUUAAAAAAAAAUAUUACAAGCACCUGAAUGUUAUAUAUUGUUGAAAAAUUAUUAAAAAAAAAAAUAAAGAAAUGUAAAACAUUACUUUCAUACAUUUAUUUAUAAAAUACUAAAAAACAAAAAAAAACAAACACGAAUAUACAAACUCAACAGUUUUAUUAUAUUUUUGUUUUUAUCAUUUUUCAUUUUUUUUUUAUUCUUAGAGCUUAAUUGUUUUAUUUAUCCGAAUAGAUGAUGAUCGCAACUUGCAACGAAGAAAUAGUAAAGAAUACAAAUUUAUUUCAAAAAGAAAAAUAAAGUAAAUUUAUUCACAUUGAAUAGAAAAAUAUUGCAAAUUUAAAGUUCAUUGAAAAACAAAAACAAACAAAAAAUACUAUUUGGCUCUGGGUGAUAUUUUGUUUUUGUUUUUUUCUUUUGUGUUAAUGUCAAUCGAUUGCUUUUAUUUGUUUAUUUUAUUUUUAUGUUAUUGUAGUUCUUGUUUGUAAAAUUGUCUUACUUCUUGUUAUAUAACAUAUGAUAUAUUCGUUAAAAUAAAUUAAAUUAUUGAGAGAGAUUAGCAAAAUUAUUAUUAUUGAAGUUUUGUUUAGAUUACCAAUGUACCAAUUUACCAACUUCUGAAUUUUCUAACUAUUGAAUUAUAACCAAAGGGCUAUUGAUUGGAAAAUUGAACUUUCUCUAUGUCCGCUAAAUUAUAGAUAAUCACAUUUAUAUAAGCUUUUCUAUACUCAAAAUUUGAAGUACCUAUGUACGUCUAAUUGCUUCUUCGAGAUAACAGUGAGAUUUCAUAAGAUACCAGUUUUAUAAUAAUUAACAAUAAAUAAUUAAUAUAUUAUCUAUAAUUUUGAGAAAACCAAUUCAUGGCAACAAUAUUAAUAAAAAAGAUUUAAGGGAAAUUAUUUGCUUUCUUACUUAAUGGCAAUUAUAGGAUUGGAAUAAAAAAAAAAAAUGAUGGUUCAAUAUGAAUUGCAUUUUUCUGGAAAUCCA